UCGGAGGCGCAACAUGAAGCGACCCCGGAGACGCUCGCUCGAUCGCCCAGAUUGGCGAGAGCCCCGAAAUUGACGAGAUUGGCGCUCGCCGCCGCCCGGUGGAGAAUGAUCGGGUGCCCGCUUUGGACUCGGUGGACGGACACAACAGCAACGUUCCUCGUUGUCCUGCUGCUCCUGCUGUCCACCAAUCAGGCGUCUUCCAUCAGAACUCGUCAGUGUUCGGAUUCCAUCCAACGAAUUUUGAAGCAGACCAGACUGACGCAGAAGGAAUCCGCCGAGCUCAUCAAAACCUACAAAGCCUCCCAGGGGGACAUGUCGGACGUCUUCUGCCAGGCGUCGCUCUACGACGUCCCCGAGCCCGCCGUCUCCGGCCUGGAGGUUUCUGAGCGGCUGGAGAGCGUCCUGGACCGCCUGCGCGCCUUCCUGCCCCACUUGCGCAGGGUCUACGACCAGCAGGCGGACCUCCAGGCCCGCGGUAGUCCGGUCCUGGUCCAGCUAGGCCACAUGGGAGAUCGCAGCCGGCGCUUGGGGUCCCUGGUGCGGGCGUUCUACCGGGACGCCUUCCCCAACCUUCAGGAGCCUGCCGGAGAGCCCGCGGUCCUGGAGCCGCCGGCCCAGAACGUGUUCGGGCAGAAGGUCUACGGAUGCGUGGUCCUCAAGACCUACAAAGAGUUUCUGACCAAUGCGGCCCGGGAACUCAGGAGCGUCAAGGGCAAAAUGUGCAGAAACAGGAGGUUCUUCAAGUCCUCGUGAUACCGGCACGACUUCAGAGGAACUACGGGACACGAGGCCUAUUUAUGAUUAUUUAUAUUUAAUUCAUAUUUAUUAUGGAAAUGAUGGAAAAUGUUCAAUGAGUUGCAUUGGGACCAUGAAAUGAAUGUACAUGCCCGGAUGGAUUGCACUGGCCCGGCGGCCCAAUAAAAAUAGGGGGGGAAAAAAAAAAAGAAACUCAUGAUGUCACUUUAUUCAGGUCAGUCAUCGGUCACUUCAUCAGGUGACUACUAGUCACUGGUCGCUUUAUUAGGUCACUGGUCACUUUAUUUGCUAAAACGUGGACCUUUCAUCAUUGGUCACCAAAUUACAGUGGGUACGGGAAGUUUUCAGACCCCCUUAAAUUUUCACUCUUUUGUUAUAUUGCAGCCAUUUGUUAAAAUCAUGAUUCAUUUUCCCCCUCAUUAAUGACACAAAGCACCCCAUAUUGACAGAAAAAAAAUGGAAUUGUUGAAAUCUUUGCUGAUUUACUGAAAAAAAGAAACCCUGAAAUAUCACACAGCCAGAAGUCUUCAGACCCUUUGCUGUGCCACUCAUAUAUUGAACUCGGUCGGGUUCUUCUGAUCAUCCUUGAGAUGGUUCGACACCUUCGUUGGAGUCCGGCUGCGUUUGAUUAUACUGAUCGGACUGGAUUCGGAACGCCACACCCCUGCCUAUAGAAGACCUUACAGCUCACAGUGCACGUGAGAGCAAAUGAGAAUCACGAGGUCAAAGGAACUGCCUGAAGAGCUCAGGGACAGAUUUGCGGCUAGGCACAGAUCUGAGAUCAACUCCAUGACCGUUCUUGAAUGGCCCAGCCGGCGCCCUGACUUAAACCCAAUUGAGCAUCUCUGCAGAAGACCUGAAAACGGCCGCCCGCCAACGUUCGCCAUCCGACCUGACAGAACUGGAGAGGAUCUGCGAGGAGGAAUGGCAGACGAUCCCCAAAUCCAGGUGUGAAAAUCUUGUUGCAUGGUUCCCGAAAAGACUCGUGGUGGCUGUAUGAGCUCAAAAGGCUCUGAAUACGAAAUACUGAGCAAAGGCUCUGAAUACUUAUGGCUGUGUGAUAUUGCAUUUUAUUUUUAUUUUUUUUAAAUAAAUCUGCAAAGAUUUCAACAAUUCCGUUUUCUUCUG